UCCGACUGUUUGUUUUCUCCAGGCAGGCGAAAGCUUCCAGUCGAUAGUACACUAUCAUAUCAGGAAUUUAAUGUGAAAAUGGGGGCUUGUAUGGCAUUAUGUUCUUUAGCCAGCUGUGCGUCCUGUCUGUGUGGCUCAGCACCAUGCCUUCUGUGCGGCUGCUGUCCCUCCUCCAAUAACUCCACCAUCACACGGCUGGUUUUCUCCUUCUUUUUGCUGCUGGGGACCAUGGUGUCUGUCAUCAUGAUCCUUCCAGGAAUGGAGACACAGCUCCGUAAAAUCCCAGGAUUUUGCGAGGGAGGAAGUACUAUACCUGGUUUAGAAAACCACGUUAACUGUGAUGUCAUUGUGGGCUACAAGUCUGUGUACCGCAUGUGCUUUGCCAUGACUUGCUUCUUCUUUCUGUUCGCCGCCCUCAUGAUUCGUGUCCGUAGUAGCAAAGACCCACGUGCAGCUCUUCAGAAUGGGUUUUGGUUCUUUAAAUUUCUGAUCCUGAUUGGAAUAACAGUGGGAGCUUUCUUCAUCCCUGACGGAACCUUUCACACUGUGUGGUUUUACUUUGGAGUGGUGGGAUCCUUCAUCUUCAUUCUAAUCCAACUUAUUCUUCUCAUUGAUUUUGCCCACUCCUGGAACAAGGGGUGGGUAGAAAAUGCUGAAAAUAGUGACAACAAAUGCUGGUUUGCAGGCCUGAUGUCUUUCACCUUCCUCCACUUUGCACUGGCUAUCACUGCUGUGGUGCUCUUCUACGUUUACUACACACAGCCUGAUGACUGCACUGAGCACAAAGUCUUCAUCAGCCUCAACCUCAUCUUCUGCAUCAUCAUCUCCGUUGUCUCCAUCCUUCCCAAGAUACAGGAAGCGCAGCCACACUCCGGUUUGCUCCAGGCUUCUCUCAUCUCCCUGUACACCAUGUAUGUCACUUGGUCUGCAAUGACAAACAAUCCGAAUCGGAAUUGUAACCCCAGCCUGUUGAGUCUGGUGUCGAACGUCAGCUCCACGGAGCCCUCCGCUGACCCAGGACAGGUGCAGUGGUGGGAUGCUCAGGGCAUUGUGGGUCUGAUCAUCUUCCUCUUCUGCACUCUCUAUGCAAGUAUUCGGUCAUCCAGUAACACCCAGGUGAACAAGCUGAUGCAGACGGAGGAGGGUAAGGGGUUUGGGGGAGAGGGUGUGGUGGGAGAGGACGGCAUACUCAGGGCCAUGGACGAUGAGGAGGAGAAUGUCUCCUACAGCUACUCCUUUUUCCAUUUCCACCUCUGCCUGGCCUCUCUGUACAUCAUGAUGACUCUCACCAACUGGUUACAACCGGAUACCACCACGCAUGCCAUGCAGAGCCGCAUGCCGGCUGUUUGGGUGAAGAUGUCCUCCAGCUGGCUGGGCCUGGGGCUCUACCUCUGGACCCUCAUCGCCCCUCUCAUCUUCCCUGACAGGGACUUCAACUGAUCACCUGGUCCUUCAGCUGUAUUUGGUUGUUAUGUUUUCUUGGCAAGUGAUUUAGGCGAUAUGAAGGAUGCUCUGAAGGAAAUAGAAAGAAUAGUAUAAAAGAAAUGCUUUUAUUUUUUUUUGUAAUUAAUUGCCUUUGGUGUUCUUAUGCUUGUGUUGUUUUACUUCACUCAAUAUGAUUAUUUAGUGGGACAAUCCCUACAGUUAUUUGAUAUUUGUAAGUGGAUGUUUAGUUAGCCUGAAGUUUUGGCUAGAACUUUAUUUUUUCUUUUGCCAAUUACUUACCUUUAAUGACCUACUCCCUACCCGCCCUACCUUCUGCUGGAUGUAGUCUGAACUAUCACAACAACAAGGCACUUACUCGUUACCUCAGACACUUCACUAACAGAUUACCUUUUAAAGGGCCUUUGAGUUCUCUGAUUGGCCAGGUCUGGUGUCCUUGAUUAGCUUGACUUCUUUCAUGCUGGGGCAACCAGGGGAACCCCUCUCCGGAGCCCCAGAGUGAGUGGAGUGUGAGAGUUAGAUAAGACUAAUACGACACGCCCUUCACAUCAUAACAGGGCUUCCCUCUUGCUGCUCUCUGGAUGCAAAUCCAUGUCAUACCACCUUGAGCCGGGGAGUCUUAAUAGACCACCAGUGUAAUCUCAGCUCUUCCUUUUCUGCUCCAACAUAGGAUCACUUAUCUCCGGUGCUAGGCCUUUCCCUUGUCUGACUGUGUUCAGCCUUGUACUGCCACGGGCAACGCUCUGCACCUGUAUAGCAGCGUGUUUGCAGAAGGGAGACAUCGAUUGAUCUAUAGCAGUCAGCACUAUGCGAUGUGCAGCGGUACGGUUCAGCAGGUGAUGGUGUGAACUCUGCAGUGCUCUCACAAAUGUCAUUAUUUCAAGAAUGUUGCAAAGUGUGUUAUUGAGUUAAGUCAAAAAAAAAGAUUUUCCGUUGUAGUUUACAAUGGAAUUACAACACAUUUGUAAUUUUCAUUGCUGUAAAAUGUUACGGUAUGUUAACGGUUGUGAUGGUGGUACAAUAACUAAAUGCUUAAUGUUGUAGUUACCUCAAUUUCAAUAAGAAUGAAACAGGGUGAAAAAAGAGCUGUAUAUUUUGUACAAAAAGUCUUGGGUACCAUCCUGAAAAUGUUAUGUUAAAAUGUUAUGUUGUGCUAUUUUCAAAAAUGCCCACUCAUAUCAGAUGUUCCUUUUCUCUGGCUGCAUAUGAGUAUUGUGAAUGGAGUUUUUCAAAGUGCUGUGAUACAUUCAAAUCUUUUUAAAUUAAUUUCUUUAUUGAACAUGUUAAUUGUAUUGUACAUUUCAUCAUUAUCCCCCUACUUGGGUGAAUAUUUAGGCACAAUAUCCCAAAUAGUAUUGCUACAGUGUUAUAUUGCGACAUGUACCAUUUUGAAACACUACAAAGUGCCUUUCUGUAGUCCUGCGGCUCAAAAGGAAUGUAACACUAAUGCUGACGUGUACCUAUAACGCCUUGCCUUACAUUGUGGUGAGUCAGUCAUUGCAUGCCAAUAAGGGAUCGGCCUAUGACAUGAAUUAAUAUUCUAAUCAAUGAAUAAACAUUUGUUUUUAAUGAA